AAAACAUGAGGUGUCUGCUGUUUCUGCUGCUAAGGAAUUCUUCAAGCAUGUGGAAAUGCAGAUGCCAGCUGGAAAAAGAGGAAAUCCCAACAAUUCCCAUCUCAAUCAAAUUCAGGUCCCCUCCCUUUUACGGAAUACCCCUGGCCUGACCCGCCGCCGCACCCCCCGGCCCCUAGCGGUCAAUCCGUCAUCGCAGCAGCUGCAGUAUGCGCCCUUGUUGAACGUGCGCGCCCGUGAUAUCUCAACGGCCUUUAAAUGCUUAAGAAGGACCAUACCACAUGUCAAAACAGAUACCCUUUUUCUCUCGUGAACUGCGACAUAUAGACAAACAACAACAAAAGCUACGAGGCAACUCUCUCGACCCAUACAAAAAACACCACCAAAAUGACAGCCCCAGAAACAGCCGACGACGGCCUCAGAAACCGCAACCGCCGGCGCUCCUCCUCAUCCCACGACACCACAAGCCUCCUCUCAACAGUAGAAUCCUCCGCCGCAGCCCUCGAACGCAAAGUCGAAAAAGCCCUCACCGUCCUCUGGGACGACCUGCCCCCCUGGCGCCGCGACAACCAGUUCAUCAUCACAGGCUACCGCCCAGACUCAAACUCCUACCGCGCCUCCUUCCGCUCCCUGGGGUAUCUGCACAAUGAGUCCGUAAACAUCUGGUCCCACCUCCUGGGCGCCGUCGCCUUUGUCAUCACGGGAACGGUACUGUACGCCGUCAUCGCGCCGCGCUACGAGUCGGCGAGCGAUGCCGACAUGGUUGUGUUUGGGUGCUUCUUCGCCGGCGCCGUCGCGUGUUUGGGGAUGAGUGCUGCGUACCACGCCAUGUGUAACCAUUCUCCCGAGGUCGCCAAGUGGGGGAAUAAGUUGGAUUAUUCGGGGAUUGUGUUUCUUAUUGUGGGAAGUUAUGUGCCUGCUAUGUAUUACGGCUUUUAUUGCCAUCCUGCGUUGCUCAAGUUUUACCUCACAACGAUCAACGUCCUAGGCCUAGGCUGCGGCGCAGUCUCCUGGAUCGAAUUCUUCCGCGCUCCAGAAUGGCGCACCUUCCGCGCCUGCAUGUUCACCGCCCUCGGCACCUCGGGCGUCGUCCCCGUCCUCCACGGCCUGACAAUCUACGGCCGCCAGGAGAUGGAGAACCGCAUGAGCCUGAGCUGGGUCGUCCUCCACGGGCUCAUGUACAUCUUUGGCGCCUUCUUGUACGCCUUCCGCUGGCCGGAGCGCUCGUUCCCGCGCACGUUUGACAUCUGGGGCAGCUCCCAUCAAAUUUUUCACUUUUUCGUGGUGAUGGCUGCCGUGACGCAUUUGUAUGGCAUGGCCAAGGCCUUUGAUUAUCAUCAUACUGUCACGGGGGGAAAGUGUCUGUGAUUAGGGGUCUGACGGUGGUAAUAGAUGGUUGUAAUGAAUUAUAUGAGUCUCGGAUAUAUGAUAUUCUGCUUAAUAGAACGUUGGUAAUAGAGGGUA